AGGUGAACUGCUCCCUAAAACAUCAGAUUUUCAGACUUCAGAAAUCCAACAUGAUGCAAUCAAGACUUUCAGCUGUCUUCUUUUUCUUGUUGGGUUUGUCAUUUUGCCUGACAAUCCCUAUUCCCCUUGAAGAUAGCCAUGAAUUCACAGAGAAAGACCUUCAGUUUGCAGAGCGCUACCUCAGGACUCACUAUGAUCUCCGUCCGAAUCCUGCUGGCAUAAUGAGGAAGAGUGCCAACUCAGUGGCAUCUAAACUUCGAGAAAUGCAAGCUUUUUUUGGCUUGGAGGUGACAGGCAAAUUAGAUGAAGAAACAUAUGAGCUGAUGCAGAAACCAAGAUGCGGUGUCCCAGAUGUGGGGGAAUAUAACUUUUUCCCUAGAAAACUCAAAUGGUCAAAAACUAAUUUGACAUACAGAAUUAUGAAUUACACUUCAGAUCUGAGACGUGCUGAAGUAGACAGAGCUUUCAAAAAAGCAUUCAAAGUUUGGUCGGAUGUGACACCACUUAACUUCACCAGAAUACGAAGUGGUGUAGCUGAUAUCAUGAUCUCCUUUGGCACUAAAGAACAUGGUGACUUUUACCCCUUUGAUGGACCCUCUGGAUUACUGGCUCAUGCUUUUCCCCCUGGUCCAGACUAUGGAGGAGACGCCCAUUUUGAUGAUGAUGAAGCUUGGUCAGAUGAUUCCAGAGGGUAUAACUUGUUUCUUGUCGCUGCCCAUGAAUUUGGUCAUUCACUGGGACUUGAACACUCUAGAGACCCUGGAGCUCUGAUGUUUCCAAUUUACACAUACACUGGAAAAACUGGUUUUGUGCUUCCUGAUGAUGAUGUGCAAGGGAUCCAAGAGCUCUAUGGUGCUGGAGACAAAGAUCCCAACCCAGAACAUCCCAAAACACCAGAGAAAUGUGAUGCAGAUUUAUCUCUUGAUGCAAUAACAGAACUUCGUGGAGAAAUGCUGAUCUUCAAGGACAGGUUUUUCUGGCGACUGCACCCUCAGAUGGUUGAGGCAGAAUUGGUGUUACUUAAGUCCUUUUGGCCAGAGCUUCCAAAUAAAAUAGAUGCAGCUUAUGAAAACCCCAUCAAAGAUCUUGUGUUUGUGUUUAAGGGAAAGAAAGUCUGGGCUUUGAAUGGCUACGACAUAGUUGAAGACUUUCCUAAAAAGAUAUAUGAAAUGGGGUUCCCGAAAGAAAUGAAAAGAAUAGAUGCAGCUGUCCAUAUUAAAGACACGGGCAAGACUCUCUUUUUUACUGGAAAUAAGUACUGGAGUUAUGAUGAAGAGGCAGAGGUUAUGGAAGCAGGCUACCCCAGGCUGAUAGAGGAAGAAUUCGCAGGAAUUGGUGAUAGAGUGGAUGCAGUUUAUGAAAGAAAUGGUUAUCUCUACUUCUUCAACGGACCGCUGCAGUUUGAGUACAGCAUCUGGAGCAAAAGAAUUGUCCGUGUCCUGCAUACUAACUCCAUAUUUUGGUGCUAAUUGCAGCUGAGUGCCAUGUCAUAGGCUGCAGAGCAGCUUGUAGUACAUGGAAAUAAUAAUAUGGGCAUGUAGAUUUAUUAGAGGACAGUAAGGUUCUGUGAACAAGCACUGGCUACCUACCACCAAAUGUAUACUGUAUAUAUGGAACGAUAUAGCUGCAUGUCAGUCUGGAACUGAAUUAACUUAAUAGGAAAGAAGAAGAGAAAUUAUUAGCAUUUCAAGGGGCAUUACACCAUUUAAAGUUUGUCUAGUAUUAAAGUGAGAUGCUGGAUACAUCCUACAUGAUCAUGAGCACUAUUAAUUCCCAGUAAUCUGAGCAUGUCUAGCAUCUUUCAAGGAUCUCCUAGCAUGUCCCAAGAAAUAGACCUGAUAAACCCAGGAGUGUUAUAUUUUUAAACUAACCCUUCAUCUCAUUGUGAAAUACCUGUUAACGUACUGGGAAUUCAGAUGUGUAAUGAAUGAGUCAGGACUGCAUGGUGAUUCCCUGAGCAGGAUAACACCAGGCUGCAACACUGAAGUUAGUUAGAGAAUUCAAAGGUAUUUGAAUGUAUCCCCAUUUGAAGGGGAAGGUCCCCCUGGAAACGGAUGCCCAUGUCAUCUUUGGAACAAGCAGAAUGUAUAGAAGCAGUGAGGUGUCAUUCCAAAGCAGACAGAAAAGCAGGAAAAGGGAAGAGUAUUCCCUGCAGAAAUCAUCAGCCUGCAUGAAACCAGGGAAACCAGAAGGAAGUAGCAACGAGAGAAUCAUGCAGGUUGAAACCUUGAAUGAAGCUACAUCUGGUAACACAGCCCAUGUUUUCAGCUGAUGUAAACUGUAGUGGUUCAAGUGACAUUUAUAGAGGUUAUGCCUAGCUGUGCCAGCAGAGAACCUGAACAUCCAAAUCAAAAUAUUCAAAAGAAUACCUUUUUUCAUGUUGGUCACUCUUUUAAUAUCUAUAUCAAUUGUCUCAGUACCAUGUAAGUUUUGGGUUGUUUUUUUUUUUUUUUAAAUCAAUGCAAAUGAGGUGGGACUGUGAUUAUUUUUCAGUUUAAAAAGAUAAUAUUAAAUAAACUGGUGGAAUAAAAUGACAUUGUGAAAUUUCUUAUAUUAAAAUUUCUUACACUGCAUGUCAUAAAAGCAAGACAGAGCUAU